CAAAUGCUUCUUUAUAUAUUCUGUGUCCCUCUCCCUGCUCUUAUUAAUUAUGAUAUUCACUUUAUUUGUGGUAGAUUUUAGUGCCUUCUGAUGGGGAAGCUGAAGAAAAUUGCGAAGGCUUUGGAUUGUUUCAGUCCCACAUCGUCUACUUCCAUCGCUCGUUUUGACAAAGACCCGCUUAUCGCCAGCAGCAACAAGGGCCAACUCCCGACAUUGGAGGACGCUGUGACGGUGACGCUCAGGGUGUCCAUGCACUGUAAAGGCUGUGCAAGAAAAGUGGAGAAACAUAUUUCAAAGAUGGAAGGAGUGAGGUCGUUCACUGUAGACUUGGAGACUAAGAUGGUGAUUGUAAUUGGAUACAUUCUGCCGUAUGAAGUGGUGGAGAGCGUUUCUAAAGUCAAAAGCUCGCAGCUUUGGCAAUCCUCGCUAGCUUGAUCAUUAUUGGCAUAUCAACAAAUUAAUAAUUUUAUGUCUUUAAUUUCUUUAUUCUAUAUGUCGUUUAUAGGAAUAUGAGUAUUUAUACAC